AUAUUUGGUCAUUAAGAAUAUUUUUUGUAACCGUUCUUUGCUGACUUUUCAUCUCCCCCACCCCCACCCCCCCCUGUCUCUCUCCUCUCUCUCCUCUCUCUCUCUCUCUCUCUCUCUCUCUCUCUCUCUCUCUCUCUCUCUCUCUCUCUCUCUCUCUCUCUCUCUCAACCAUUGUCCUCUUCUUCCUUAAAAACUAGCAAUACCCUUUUGGGUAAUUGACUUUGGUCUUUGAUCACAAGUUUAAAUACCAACUAAAUUUUCAUUUUUUAGUUUGAUUUUGGUGCAAGCAAAGCAUAAAAAUGAGUAGAAAGAAAAGGGUAUUUUCAAUUGAUAGUAUUGAAGAGGCUGCUGUUGAUUUCUUCAACUAUCUUAUGCAAGAGAAGCCAAAGAUUCCAUUUUUCAUUCCAUUUAUUUUGAUUGCUUGUGCUAUUGAGAAAUGGGUCUUCUCUUUCUCCACUUGGGUCCCUCUUGCACUUGCUGUUUGGGCCACUAUACAGUACGGGAGAUACCAACGCAAACUACUUGUGGAGGACUUGGAUAAGAAAUGGAAGCGAAUCAUAUUGAAUAACUCGCCCAUCACACCAUUGGAGCACUGCGAAUGGCUGAAUAAAUUGUUGACAGAAAUCUGGCCCAACUAUUUUAACCCUAAGCUUUCAUCAAGGUUAUCAGCUAUAGUUGAGUCACGUUUAAAGCUCCGGAAACCGAGUUUUCUUGAAAGAGUUGAGCUGCAGGAGUUUUCACUCGGAUCAUGCCCUCCUAGCUUGGCGUUGCAAGGGAUGCGAUGGUCAACUAUCGGUGAUCAGCGAGUCAUGCAACUUGGUUUUGAUUGGGACACCAAUGAAAUGAGCAUUUUAAUACUUGCUAAGCUUUCGAAGCCUUUGAUGGGAACUGCACGAAUCGUUAUUAACAGUCUUCAUAUCAAGGGAGAUCUUAUCUUUACGCCAAUUCUUGAUGGAAGAGCACUUUUAUACUCGUUUGUAUCAGCUCCUGAGGUGAGAGUAGGAGUUGCCUUUGGAAGCGGCGGGAGUCAGUCACUUCCAGCUACUGAGUGGCCUGGUGUUUCUUCUUGGCUUGAAAAGCUUUUUACCGACACCUUGGUUAAAACCAUGGUGGAACCUCGACGACGAUGUUUUACUUUGCCUGCUGUUGAUUUAAGAAAAAAGGCGGUUGGAGGCAUCAUAUAUGUUAAAGUGAUUUCAGCAAAUAAACUUUCUAGGAAUUCCUUCAAGGUUUCUAGGAGGCAACAAAAUGGAUCAUCCAAUGGAUCUUCUGAAGAGAAAGACCUACAUACAUUUGUAGAGGUAGAAAUUGAGGAAUUAACGAGGAGAACGGACGUCAGACUAGGUUCAACCCCUAGAUGGGAUGCACCGUUUAAUAUGGUUUUGCAUGAUAAUACAGGAAAUCUUCGUUUCAAUCUUUACGAGUGUAUUCCCAACAAUGUGAAGUGUGACUAUCUAGGAAGUUGUGAAAUCAAGUUGAGGCAUGUUGAAGAUGAUUCAACAAUAAUGUGGGCUGUAGGACCAGAUUCCGGGGUUAUAGCGAAGCAAGCACAAUUUUGUGGAGAUGAAAUCGAAAUGGUUGUCCCAUUUGAGGGUGCCAACACCGGAGAGUUGAAGGUGAGCAUUGUAGUAAAAGAGUGGCAAUUUUCUGAUGGAACACAUAGCUUGAAGAAUCUCCGAAACAACUCUCAGCCGUCACUUAACGGAUCAUCAAAUAUUCAGUUAAGAACCGGAAAGAAACUUAACAUAACUGUUGUAGAAGGAAAGGAUCUUGCUACUGCAAAAGAAAAAUCUGGAAAAUUUGACCCUUACAUCAAAUUGCAAUAUGGAAAGGUUAUCCAGAAAACAAAGACUUCUCAUACUCCAAAUCCUGUUUGGAAUCAGGCUUUUGAAUUCGACGAGGUUGGUGGUGGUGAAUACUUAAAACUAAAAGUAUUUACUGAGGAACUUUUUGGAGACGAAAACAUUGGUAGUGCACAAGUAAAUUUGGAAGGAUUGGUUGAUGGCUCAGUCAGGGAUGUUUGGAUCCCUCUUGAAAGAGUGCGAUCCGGAGAAAUCAGACUUCAAAUAGAAGCCGUAAAGGCAGAUGACCAAGAAGGAUCAAUGGGUUCAGGUUCAGGAAAUGGUUGGAUAGAACUUGUUCUGAUUGAAGGGAGGGAUCUUGUUGCCGCCGAUCUCAGAGGUACAAGUGAUCCAUAUGUGAGGGUACACUAUGGAAACUUUAAGAAAAGGACAAAGGUUAUAUACAAAACUCUAAACCCUCAAUGGAACCAGACCCUAGAGUUCCCUGAUGAUGGAAGUCCCCUAAUACUAUAUGUGAAGGACCAUAAUGCGUUACUACCAACAUCAAGUAUAGGAGAAUGUGUUGUAGAAUAUCAAAGGUUGCCCCCAAACCAGAUGGCUGAUAAGUGGAUACCUCUUCAAGGUGUGAAAAGGGGUGAAAUUCAUAUUCAAAUUACACGAAAAGUACCAGAGAUGCAGAAAAGGCAUAGUAUAGAUUCCGAACCUUCUUUGACUAAAUUACACCAAAUUCCUAGCCAGAUAAAACAGAUGAUGAUCAAGUUCAGGUCACUAAUUGAAGAUGGAAAUCUUGAAGCACUCUCUACAAUAUUGAGUGAGCUAGAAACUCUUGAAGAUACACAAGAAGGAUAUGUAGCUCAGCUUGAGACCGAGCAAAUGCUUCUUCUCAGCAAAAUCAAGGAACUUGGCCAAGAGAUUAUUAAUUCUUCUCCUUCAUUAAGCAGAAGAUUUUCUGAGAGUACCAACUGACCCUUUUAUGAGUUUAAUAACUAUACAUCGACGCUGUAAAUAGGUUUACUCAGACAUCAAAUUAUAUUUUGCUAUCUUUCCACGUACAUUGCUACUUAAAACAUGAUUACACUGACAAAAUGGUAAAAUAUAAUUGAUGUCUAUGUAAAGUUUGUCUACGCUGUCAGUGCAAAAUUAUUAAGCUCUUAAUUAUUGCGAGCAUAUUUUGUAGAUUUUUGUUUGACUAGUUUGUUUUCUUAUACCACAGCUUAUAGUUUGUAUAUGGUUAUUUCUUCAUUUUUUUCGCUCUAGUGAAGUACCUUAGGAGCUGCUGUAUUUAAACUCACGCAGUAAGUUAUGUUUUGUGAUUCCAAAUUUCUGUGAACUUCAAUUGUAAAAUAAAAAUAAGGUUUGAUACUAUUAUUAUACGUCAAGAUGAAAGAUUAAAUGCA